AUGCAGGUUUCCAAUAAACAAAACUUGAUUGAUUUGUGUCUUCGAACCUUCUGUUCACCAUUUCGAACUAAGAGUUCAUCAAUCAUCGGAGAAUUAUCUGGAUCAUUAGAUAAUCCUUCAAAACUUCUUGCGCCUUGUGGUCAAUCCAUUGGAAAAUUGCUCGCUCAUCUGAGUACCUCCAUCCGUACUCAAACAGGUAAUCAGGAAUUGACUCUCCAAAGGCUCGAUGAUAUACUCGCUCUAGCUAGGGAUAAAUUCUAUGCGUUCCCAUUCAAAGAUGUACCGGAUUGUUGGAGAGCAUUAUUUCUUGAGGCAAGUUUGUUGAAAUUUUCUGCUCUUGCCUGUAGAGAGGCAUCGUCUCUGGAUGAGAAGAAGGAUGAAGAGUCAAAUUCAAAUAUGGAUGUCAUGGAUGAUCGAGUAAUAGACCAAAUGGUUGAGACAAUGGAUAUGGCAUUGAUCAUGGUCGGAGCUCCAGCAUCAGAAACAAUGCGAUUAGCAAUUGAUUAUGCGAUGGAUCUUUUACAAGGAAUUCAUGAAGAAAUGAUAGAUGGUGAUAGAUCAACACAGUCACCCAAGAAACGUCAGAAACUUUCAUACAGUGAUCCAUCCUCAAGAUCCACAUCUUCAUAUCAAGAUCGCUUUCCAUCAAUUUCGAUCACAUCACCUUCUCUGUUAAACCCCAUUUCUCGAGUCACUUCCGACGAAAUUAAUAUCAAUAAUGAUGACGGAACCCUAGACAGAUUCGCAAAACAUAUGCAUCAACCCCAAGAUCGCACAUUAGGAGCCGAACCUCUCAUAAUAAUUGGAUCAAUCGAUUCAUGGCCUGCACGUAACAAGAAACCAUGGUCAAGUCCCUCGUACUUACUAUCCAAAACCAUUGGUGGCCGACGUCUAGUUCCCAUAGAAGUAGGUAGAAGUUAUGUUGACUCCGGAUGGGGACAAAAAAUCGUCACUUUCAAAGAUUUCAUGACCGAAUACAUGUUAUCCCCAACCAACGAAGGAGAAGCAAAAGAAACAGGCUACCUAGCACAACACAAUCUCUUUUUCCAAAUCCCAUCUCUACGAAAUGAUAUCAUGAUACCGGAUUAUUGUUAUGUCUAUCCACCACAACCUCAUUCAUCAUGUUCUCCCGCGCUGAAAGAAAAAUACGCACAAAUGACAGAAUUGGAAGAGCCGCUCAUAAACGCAUGGUUUGGACCAGCCGGUACGAUUAGUCCGCUGCAUACAGAUCCGUAUCAUAAUAUCCUAGCGCAAGUCGUCGGGAAGAAAUAUCUGCGUCUUUAUCCACCUAGAGAAACACCAAAAUUAUACGCGAGAGGUAUAGAAGAUGGAGGAGUAGAUAUGAGUAACACUAGUGAGGUGGAUAUUGGAGUAUUGGAGGGAUGGGAUGGUACUGUUGAAGAGCGAGAGGAAGAAAGGAAGAAAUUCUCAGAGGCGGAGAGUGCGAAAUAUUGGGAUUGUGUGUUAGAAGAAGGAGAAGUUUUGUAUAUUCCGGUUGGGUGGUGGCAUUAUGUAAGAGGUUUGAGUGCGAGUUUUAGUGUGAGCUUUUGGUGGAAUUGA